UGCUGCCCAACACACAAGACAUAUCCAUACACUGUUGUUAUACUCCAUUGUACAUACCUGAGAUAAAAUGGAAAAUGUUUCUUACGAAGACUUCAGAUAAAACCUGAAAAUGACAAUUUAUUAACCGAGGAGACCUGGGAUAUUAUAUUUUUGGAAACAAUGCAGUUUUGAUUCGGGGUCCCCAAUAUCAAUUGAAAGAGUGUUCACAACUACCAUCUGAUCCCGUUGAGAUUUCCAGUCACCAAGUAGCGAGAAAAUGAGGGAAUAUUCCUCCGCGGUUCUUCUUAUCGUCACCGUUAUCAUCGUCGACCUCGUCUCGGUGACGAGCGCGGCAACGCACGCCACCAACAUUAGCAGCAGCUCGGUGGGCAAGAGCAACGCAGACCUAACAUGGAUUGUCCCCAGUGACCUCUCCCAAGCCAGUUAUUACGUUCUUUACGUCCUCGAUGAGGGCCUCAACGUCGUCCUCAACGAAACCAUCGAUGACGUCAACUCAGCAACAUACUCCCUCACCCAACUGACCUUCUCCACGUACUACAACGUGACAAUUUACACGCACGACGCAACAGACGAUGCUAUCGGCAGUGACACGAUUUUGUUCGUAACCGACUACGACCCGCUCAAUUUCCGCGCUCUGUGCGCCAUUGGCGUAGUCGGUGCUCUUAUUCUCAUCCUCAUCGUGGUCAAAUUGGCGGGAAAGAUUUGCAACCCCGACAAGGGUGCCGACAAAUGGAAGCAGGAAAUCUUGGAGACCAAACAGAAGGAGAGAGAAGAUAGGAAGCGGAAAAUGCAGGCGAAAGGAGGAUCGAGAGCAGAUCUUGAUGACGAAGGUCUUGCAUGAUGAUCAAUACCAAUUCAUGAUCGAUUUCCCAUUUUCUCUGCUCUGUCCAAAUUCACUGUAUGAUAUUUAUUUUAAAGACUAUAAUGUUUUCCGGUCUGAUUUUCACUCAUUGCAACGAUUACAAAAUCAGAACGCCAACUAUUUUUUUGCGACACCUUGUUCUUUUGUGUAAAAUAAGAGACAAUCAAGCUUAAUAACAUGAAUGAUAAUUAAAUGAAGAUGCAACAGCUGUCGUGACAAUUUUCGAUGCAGUACUUGAAAGAAACAAAGAAUACCGAUACUGCAGUACGUACCGUCUGCAGUGGUUGACAUAAGAAAUGAAUAUGAAAACAGUGAGCUUUAUUUUUUAAGUGAGUACCCCUUUUCCCAUUUCAGAAUAUUUGUGUGGAUUUUUAUCAGAGGCGGAGAGCUUCUGAGGAAACUUCUGAAAAAAAAAAUUGAUACCUGUUUUCUGUGCUCCCCUCUCCUUUGUUUAGAUCCUUAAAUCAUUAUCUAGGCCUACAUGUAUAAUACUUCGCAGGUAUUCUUUUUUAAUUGAAUACUAACAUUAGAUAACUGUUGAAAAAAAAACAGGGACCACUUUACACCAUAAUAAUGUUUCAUUAUUUUCCUGCAUAAUUUUUAAUCGGAUUUGCAAUAUAUUUACAUUCUAUUAAUCAGUUCAGUGUUUUAUAUACAAGAGUCCUCAAGUCAAGCUUCUGUUUUCGCUGUCUGAAUGUCUGCGUU